AUGGAUGUCUCUGGAUCAAAAAAAAUACACAAAAGGAAAAUACUGCAGUUGUUUUGUUUCUCUUGUACCCGAAAUCAGAAGAAACUCAAACAUAAAUCCCAGGAAGUGGAAAAAAAACUCUGUAGAGAAAAUAAGGCAUUGAGAGAUGAAAACAGAGCUCUGAGAAAAGACAACAAGUUUCUCUGGGGGGAAAACAAAGCCUUAGGAAGAGAAAAUAAAACCUUCCGGAUGGACAACCAGUUCAUCAGGGAAAGGAAUCACAUCCUACGGCAGCAGAACCAGCUACUCCGGAAGGUGAAAAGGUUGAUUUCAGAGAACCCAAAACUGUCUGGGGAAGAAUUCAAUGCCUUGAACACAGAAGGGAAGUCGUUUUGGCAACAGAAUCGAGCCAUGGAAGCUCAGAUCACAGCUCUCCGGCAGCAAGAGAAAGCCUUCCAGAACGAGGCCAAGGCUCUGCAUGAGGAGAUCAAAUCCCUGUGUGAGGAGACCAAGGCUCUGCAGCACCAGGAGAGGGCUCUCAGAAUGGAAGAGAAAGCCCUGAUGAGGGACGGCGUGGCUGCAGAGCUAGCAGAGGCCCUGACCAAGGAGGGAGCUGCCCUAGAGAUGGAAGAGCAGGCUCUGUGGAAGGAGGAGCAGGCUCUCCGCGAGGAGAACAAGGCCCUGAGAGAUGAGCAUGGGGCUCUACAAGACGAAGAAGUCGCCCUGCAGGAAGAGGCGAAAAUCCUCCAGGAGUGGAAUAAUCUUCUUCAGGGGAAAAUCUCAAACAACCUCCCAGAGAAAAUGCAAAACCAAGACCCAGAGAAGUGCGACCUAAGAAUGUAA